AGCCCAUUUACCCCCAUAACCCGACUGAUCCCUUGCUCAUCAGCAGAGUCUUCACCCAUUUGUCGUCAGUCAUCCUUUCCUUGCAAAAAAAAACACACACUACCAUCGUCAAUUACUGGCAUAGUCUCUCUUAUCAAGGCCUCGGGAGUGAUAACCAAAGCCCCCACCUCCAGCUUCAUUCUCAGGCGCACAACGAUCUGAAGAAUGAAUAGGAAACAGGUUCCAAGGGCUACAAAGGCGUGUGCCUCGUGCCGUCGUCAAAAGACUCGCUGCUUCCCGUCUCCAAACUCCAUUUCAUGUCUCCGUUGUUACUCGUUGGGUAAAGACUGUUCGUUCCUAACAGAUGGGACGCUGUCAGACCCAGAUGUUAUAAACAAGAAGAGGAAGAUAGACGACGAUAACGAAGCCUCGCAGCCGUCAAUUGAAGGGUCUGACUCGCUGAAGACGUUAGGAGAUAACGUGAAGAAGAUCCUUGCGAUCAUCCAGAGACAGCACAAUCUACCCUCGGCUCUAGAUGAAUAUGACUCUUCUUCAAUGGCUCUACCUCCAGCACAGACCUCGCCUUUCAAUCUGAUGUACAAGAGCGUGUCCUUCCAGAAUCUGCCACUGACGGUAUCACAUCUACUUUCUCCACUCAACACAUUCACGAGUGAGCCUCCGAAUGUGCUGUCACUGGGGAUUGUUUCCCCACAAGAGGCCAUCCAUGCUGUGGAUCUGUUCAAAGAGAACUACGGCAGGUGGAUAUCGCUUCCACAGACCAGCGCAGAGGUGCUGAUCGAGGACAUCAAGAGAUCAUCGCCGAUGCUGCUCACCACGAUUUGCCUAACGAGCCUGCGUUAUAACGUUACAGAUGUCAAUUUUGAUACCUACCAGCAACUGAUCAAGCAGCUGAAGUUGGAAUUGUACGAGGGUCUCUACAGAUCACCACAGAGUUUGAACUUUCUGAAGGCAUUGGUGAUAUUAGCAGUCUACGGGUACUCCUUAUCAACCCCAGAGUUGGUUGUUGAUCCCUGGUUUCUCAGUGGUAUUGCCGUGAUGCAGUUUCUCACGCUCGACAUGAACAAUGACUUCCUCCACGUGUGCUCUGUAGGAUCACUGGGAACGGUGGACAUGGAGAUGGAGAAACUGUCAAACUUUAGAAUAUGGAAUCACAUGUGUCUGGUACACCUCUGUAAUUGUAUAUUCUCUGGUAGAAUGUGUGUCCUUGAUGAGAUUCGCCUGGACCAGGCAAGGCGUUCUUUAGACCUUGCCCAGGCAACCAACUUUGACGGCAGAAUGAUUAGUGAAAUCUCGCUGCAAUUGCUGCUGUACAACUUCAUCCAGGCUGGUUCUGCAACUGAGUUCAAGAUUUUUGAAGAUGACCUGAAGCUGUGGUACGACCAAUGGAACUAUCUCUUCAAACAGCCAAAUCUACAAUUUGUAGAGUUUGGCUACCACUACUGUUAUGUGAGUGCCUUUUAUCAUCUGAAGAUGGGCAGCCACGGUAUUAUGGACACUACUGACUUCAACGAUGCAACGGAGAAGCACAUCGAUGACGUUGACACGUUGAACAAGAUGCUGUACCAUUGUUUAAAAGUGUUGAACCACAUCAUUGGUUUAAACGACGAUUUGUAUUUCGCAUGUCUCUCAGACCAGAUUCACGUCUGUACUUUCUACACGUCAAUUGUGUUCUUAAAAGUCAUCAAGUGGUGUCAUCUAUACAACAACACCUACGAUACCCACGAGUUGUUGAACUUCAUCAAAAAGGUUGAAUCUGUUCAAAACAAGUUUGAGAACAUGAGCACCUUAACGGAUGAUUUGGCUUAUAGAUUUGCAUUGGGAUUACAGGAAUUGAUUGAUUCCACUGUUCCUGCAGUGCAAGGAACUGUUGGAGCCCAUUGACGUUAUAUGGUGAAAUAACCUGUGUAUUAUUAUUCUUUUCU